AUGAGUGCUACAUCUUCAACUGCCGAGGGACAGCCCGAUGAAAUCCUGAACAUUGUUGUUCCACCGAAUGCAGAGACAGAAGAGGACUGCAUAUUUGAGGAUUCAUGCAUCCUCUUCCGCUAUUCAAGAGAAAUCAUUGAAUGGGUUGGUCGAGGAAUAGGAAUUGUUAAAAUUCUCAAGUCCAAGAAAACAGGUACAUAUCGUAUAUUAAUGCGUCAAAAUCAGACAUAUCGUGUAUGCUUAAAUCAUCAAAUUCCAUACCUCGGAAAUUUACUUCCAAAGAAAGAUUGCUCCAGAGAGUUCAUUUGGACCGCGUACGACUUUGCUGACGGACACGAAGUUCGUGAACUUUUCGCAAUUCGUUUUGGUUUGCCCGAAAUUGCUUAUAACUUCAAAACUGCAUUUGAGCAGGCUAAAGAGGAAAAUAAGAAAAUCCAUGACUCAAAAGCAAAAUAA